GCUGCGGCUGCCACGUUGGAGCGGAACGUGGAGGUGGCCCCCGGCCGGGGAGGAGGGGCGCCAGCGAAUUCUGGGAGAGUCCGACGGGCGCUGAGCUAACGCAGGAACCGGUGACCGAGGGUCCCCGCCAGGAUGAAGUUAAAGGAAGUGGAUCGCACUGCCAUGCAGGCAUGGAGCCCUGCCCAGAAUCAUCCCAUUUACCUAGCUACAGGAACAUCUGCUCAGCAGUUGGAUGCAACAUUUAGUACCAGUGCUUCUCUUGAGAUAUUUGAAUUGGAUCUUUCUGAUCCAUCCUUGGAUAUGAAAUCUUGUGCCACAUUCUCUUCUUCUCACAGGUACCACAAGUUGAUUUGGGGGCCUCAUAAGAUGGAUUCCAAAGGAAAUGUCUCUGGAGUUCUGAUUGCAGGUGGAGAAAAUGGAAAUAUUAUUCUCUAUGAUCCUUCUAAAAUUAUAGCUGGAGACAAAGAAGUUGUGAUUGCCCAGAAUGACAAACAUACCGGUCCAGUGAGAGCCUUGGAUGUGAACAUUUUUCAGACUAAUCUGGUAGCCUCUGGUGCUAAUGAAUCAGAAAUCUACAUUUGGGAUCUGAACAAUUUUGCAACUCCAAUGACACCAGGAGCCAAAACACAGCCCCCAGAAGAUAUCAGCUGCAUUGCGUGGAACAGACAAGUUCAACAUAUUUUAGCAUCAGCCAGUCCCAGUGGCCGGGCCACUGUGUGGGAUCUUCGAAAAAAUGAACCCAUCAUCAAAGUCAGUGAUCAUAGUAACAGGAUGCAUUGCUCUGGGUUGGCGUGGCAUCCUGAUGUUGCUACUCAGAUGGUCCUGGCCUCUGAGGAUGACAGGUUACCAGUGAUCCAAAUGUGGGAUCUUCGAUUUGCGUCCUCUCCACUUCGUGUCCUGGAAAACCAUGCCAGGGGUAUUUUGGCAAUUGCUUGGAGCAUGGCAGAUCCUGAAUUAUUGCUGAGCUGUGGAAAAGAUGCUAAGAUCCUCUGCUCCAACCCAAACACAGGAGAGGUGUUAUAUGAACUUCCCACCAAUACACAGUGGUGCUUUGAUAUUCAGUGGUGUCCCCGAAAUCCUGCUGUCUUAUCAGCUGCUUCCUUUGAUGGACGUAUCAGUGUUUAUUCCAUUAUGGGAGGGAGCACAGAUGGCUUAAGGCAGAAACAAGUUGACAAGCUUUCAUCAUCUUUUGGGAAUCUUGAUCCCUUUGGCACAGGACAACCUCUUCCUCCAUUACAAAUUCCACAGCAGACUUCUCAGCAUAGUAUAGUGCUGCCUCUGAAGAAGCCACCCAAGUGGAUCCGAAGGCCUGUUGGUGCUUCCUUUUCAUUUGGAGGCAAACUGGUUACCUUUGAGAAUGUUAAAAUGCUGUCUCAGCAGGGAUCUGAGCAGCAGCAACAUCACCAUGUGUUCAUUAGUCAAGUUGUAACAGAAAAGGAAUUCCUCAGCAGGUCUGACCAACUUCAACAGGUGCUGGAGUCCCAAGGAUUUAUCAAUUACUGUCAGAAAAAAAUUGAUGCUUCUCUGACAGAGUUUGAGAAGAAUGUGUGGUCCUUUUUGAAGGUAAAUUUUGAGGAUGAUUCCCGUGGGAAAUACCUUGAACUUCUGGGAUACAGAAAAGAAGACCUAGCCAAGAAGAUUGCCUUCGCCUUGAACAGAGUGGAUGGACCUGAUCGGGCUCUUAAAGACUCUGACCAAGUAGCACAGAGUGAUGGGGAGGAGAGCCCUGCUGCCGAAGAGCAGCUCUUGGGAGAGAAUAUUAGAGUGGAAAAACAAGAAUCUGAAUUUCUACCCUCAGCUGGAGGAACAUUUAAUAUUUCCAUCAGUGGGGAUAUUGAUGGUUUAAUUACUCAAGCUUUGCUGACAGGUAAUUUUGAGAGUGCCGUUGAACUUUGUUUACAUGAUAACCGCAUGGCUGAUGCCAUUAUAUUGGCCAUAGCAGGUGGACAAGAACUCUUGGCUCAAACUCAGAAAAAGUACUUUGCAAAAUCCCAAAGCAAAAUUACCAGGCUUAUUACUGCAGUGGUGAUGAAGAACUGGAAAGAGAUUGUUGAGUCUUGUGACCUUAAAAAUUGGAGAGAGGCAUUAGCUGCAGUAUUGACUUAUGCUAAACCAGAUGAAUUUUCAGCCCUUUGUGAUUUUUUGGGAACCAGGCUUGAAAGCGAAGGUGAUAGCCUCUUGCAGACUCAGGCAUGUCUCUGCUAUAUUUGUGCAGGGAACGUAGAGAAACUGGUUGCAUGUUGGACUAAAGCUCAAGAUGGAAACAACUCUUUGUCCCUUCAGGAUUUGAUCGAAAAAGUUGUUAUCCUGAGAAAAGCUGUACAACUCACUCAGACCAUGGACACUAAUACUGUAGGGGUGCUUUUGGCUGAGAAGAUGAGUCAGUAUGCUAAUUUGUUGGCAGCCCAGGGCAGUAUUGCUGCAGCCUUGGCUUUUCUUCCUGAAAACACCAACCAGCCAUAUAUUGUGCAGCUUCGUGACAGACUUUGUAAAGCACAAGGACAACCUGUAAUAGGACAGGAAACACCCAAAGUUCCUUAUGAGAGGCAGCAGCUGCCCAAAAGCAGGCCUGGACCAACUGCUGGCCACACACAGAUACCAAGAGUUCCAACGCAACAAUAUUAUCCCCAUGGAGAAAAUCCUCCACCUCCAGGUUUCCUAAUGCCUGGAAAUGUUAAUCCAAAUGCUGCUGCUCAGCUUCCCACAUCUCCAGGUCAUAUGCAUACCCAAGUACCGCCUUAUCCACAGCCACAGCCUUAUCAACCAGCCCAGCAGUAUUCAUUUGGAACAGGGGGGUCAGCAAUGUAUCGACCUCAGCAGCCUGUCCCUCCUCCUGCUUCAAAUGCCUACCCUAACACCCCUUACAUACCUUCUGCUUCUUCCUAUUCUGGGCACUGUCAGCUGUAUGCAACACAGCACCAGGUCUCUCUACCUACCUCCAGCCCUGCUGCUUCUUUCCCUCCUCCCCCUUCCUCUGGAGCGUCCUUCCAGCAUGGCGGACCAGGAGCUCCACCAUCAUCUUCAGCUUAUGCACUGCCUCCUGGAGCAACAGGUACACUGCCUGAUGCCAGUGAGCUGCCUGCGUCCCAAAGAACAGAAAUUCAGUCUGUCCAAGACCAGUCACCUAUGCUGGAAAGUGAAUUGGGUCGUCAGAAUGGUUGGAAUGAUCCUCCAACUUUGAACAGAGUACCCAAGAAGAAGAAGAUACCUGAAAACUUCAUGCCUCUUAUUCCCAUCACAUCCCCAAUUGUGAACCUUCUGGGUGACCCCCAAUCACAGAUGCUGCAGCAGCAACCUUCAGCUCCAGUACAGUUGCCAAGCCAAGCUUCGUUCCCACAACCUCAUCUUCCAGGUGGCCAGCCCUUCCAUGGCAUACAGCAACCUCUUGGUCAACCAGGCAUGCCACCAUCAUUCACAAAGCCCAAUAUUGAAGGUGCUCCAGGGGCUCCUACUGGAAAUACCAUUCAGCAUGUGCAAUCUUUGCCAACAGAGAAAAUUACCAAGAAACCUAUUCCAGAUGAACACCUCAUUCUGAAGACCACAUUUGAGGAUCUUAUUCAACGCUGCCUCUCUUCAGCUACAGAUCCUCAAACCAGGAGGAAGCUAGAUGAUGUCAGCAAACGUUUGGAGUUUCUGUAUGAUAAACUUAGAGAACAGACACUUUCACCAACAAUCAUCAGUGGUUUACACAGCAUUGCAAGGAGCAUUGAAACACGAAACUACCCAGAAGGAUUGAGCAUCCAUACCCACAUAGUUAGCACCAGCAACUUCAGUGAGACCUCUGCUUUCAUGCCAGUUCUCAAAGUUGUUCUCACCCAGGCCAAUAAGCUGGGUGUCUAAAAGGACAGCUUCACUCCCAGCCACUGUUGCCAUUUUCCCAAAGAAACAUGUUUUAAAAAUUAUAAGAUACGGACCAAGUACCACUCUUUAUUAGCAUGUUUCCAUAGCAGCCAGUCAAGAGCAUUUACACUAUUUCUGCUGUUAUACUCACCUUAGAACUGCUUAUAACCCUGGUGCUUUCUUUUGUUUAAUCUUUUGUUGCCCAUGAUGAUUUUCCUCUACAAAUAGUGUAUUUCCUGGAUUACACAUAGUAAGGUUUCCUAAAGUAUUCUGAUAAAAUGAGGUUUUUAAAACCUCAGUAUACUUUUUGGAAAGAGCAUCUGGUUAUGCAUACAACCGAGCUAAAACUAAUUUUCUUUCAUGUCUUCCCCACUCCCUCCAUGUCAAUCAGAUUAAAGUGUGUAAUUCUA